GUUAUCUUACUAUUAAUUUAAAAUCUUCAAAUUGAAUUAUGACAUAUCAGUUAAUACCCAGUUGGGUAAAUUGUAUUUGAAACAAUAAGUGAGCUUAAUUGAAUACAAGAACCUAUGUAUGUAAAGAGACAAUGUCAAAAUCUAGAUUGAUUCCUGUGAGUUUCACCAACUGUGAACAAGUGGACCUUUAUUUUUUGGCAAUGGCCACACCAACUGUUCUUUAUUAGACACCACACUCUAUAAAAGCAACUAGCUACACACUUCACUUAAUCAAAUAGUCAUCACCCUCAGCAGUCAAUUAGGAAUUAAAAUGACUGGCUUUCUCCAGGGAAGAUGCGGUGCCAAAUCUUUGCCUGUUGCCACAGCUCUUAUUCUCAUCUUCUUACUUCAAUUUAGAACCACUAAGGCUACUACUUUCACUGUUGGUGAUACUUCAGGGUGGACUUUCACCUUUAACCAGAAUUGGACUAACGGGAAAAAGUUCAAGGCCGGCGAUAUACUUGUGUUCAACUAUGAUCCAUCACUCCACAAUGUGGCGGUUGUUGAUGUGAAUGACUACAGCAGCUGCUCUUCUUCUCCAAGCUCAAAGACUUACUCAACUGGGAAAGAUAAAAUUAAACUAUCCAAGGGACGUAACUACUUCAUUUGCAGUAUCCCUGGCCAUUGCGACGGUGGCUUGAAGGUUGCUGUUGAUGCUUCUUAAGUAACAAAAAUCUUGUAGCUUAUACAUUUCUGCUUCAAACCCUGAUCCAUUGUUAUGUAAGGCGAUUUAAUCAGCUACUUAUUCUGGUAUUGAGCUCGGGUUGCCAUUGAAUAAUAAAAAAAGUAUUCACCAUAGUA